UCUAUCUGCUGUCUGGUGCUACAGUUUGGCAGGUGGCGGGGAAACCAUGGCCCUUAACGCAGAAGAGGAAGACUUCGAAUGGGAGCCUCCUACAGAGGCGGAGAUGAAGGUGAUCCAGGCCCGCCGCGAGCGCCAGGACAAGAUUAGCAAGCUGAUGGGUGACUACCUGCUAAAAGGCUAUAAAAUGCUCGGAGAAUGCUGCGAGUUAUGCGGGACAAUUCUGCUCCAGGAUAAGCAGAAGAAGAAUUACUGUGUUGCAUGUCAGGAGCUGGACUCAGACAUCGACAAAGAUAACCCAGCUCUAAAUGCCCAGGCUGCCCUGUCGCAAGUCCGUGAGCGGCAGCUCGCCAUCCAGCCUCUUCCUGAGGCCAACGGAGGCUCAUCCAGUGACGGCCCUCUCUCCAUCACAGGCCUACCCCGGCCUGAGCACUGUGAGGGGGCUGCAUCAGGACUGAGAGGCCCUCUGCCCUCAUCACAGCCUACCCCCAUCCCUGUCCCGUCUGGGAGCCCCUGCUUUCUCCCUCCAGCCAACAGCACCCUGCAGCCCGCCCAGCCAGCAAGCGCUCUUACUGGCAGUGUCCAGCAGCACCCGGCGCUGACACAUGCGGAGGAGGCUGUGCUGCACAAACUCAGAUGGGCGACACAAGAGCUGCAGCACGCUGCCUCUGUGGAGGCCUGUGUUCAGCUGUGCAGUCUGAUCCGCGGCUGUGCUGACUCUCUACGCAGCCUAAAGGAGCUACGGCUAUCGUGAACCCAAUUCACAACUACAUCAGUACACACACACCUGGCACAGCUACAUCAGUACACACACACACCUGGCACAGCUACAUCAGU